GCAUUCCAAAUAAAAAAUAAAAAGUGACAUUUUGUUAUGUCGUCCAUUACUUGUGAAAAUGCAUUGUAUUAUUCGUAAUUACACCUCUAAAUAACAAAACUGAGUGACUAAUUACAAUGGACGUGGACGACUCAGCAGUUGACCUUAGUGUCAGGUCUUUGCCACCUGAGCUGAGUGAGCUCAGAGCUCUAACUGCUAGUGGUCUAACUAUAACGCCCGCUCAACCACCACCCCAUGGCUCCAGCGGCCGCCGGGUGCUCCGCCCGCGUUCUGAGCAGCGCAGCUAUGCCGAGAGCCCCGAUAUUGUUCUGUUGCCGGCCGCGCCUCCGCUCCGCAAGCCGUCGGCGCCUACGGCUGCUCCUUUUACAGACGUGAGCAGCAAGCUAAACUCGGGCGCUGUCAACGUGUCAAUAACUCCGAGCUCGCUGCCGCCGCCGGCGCCGGAGUCGCCGCGGGACCCUCGCGACGAUGAGGAGUCUGAGGACGACGAGAAUGAGCCCCCGCUGGCAUUGGCCGGGCAUCGGGAGUUAUCGAGCGCUGAGAUUUGGGAGCGCGAGCGCCGAAUGCGAGCGUUGCGUGAAAAACUGCGCGCGGAAGAAACGCGCUUGGUGCUGCUUAGGAAAAUACGCCAGUCGCAGCAGUCCACUGGCUUGCCGCCGGCUAAGGACACGACAACGGGUACUGCGUUAGCCGGUAGCGGCUGUGUGGUCCCGCCUGGCGUCACCGUGACGCCUGCGCCGCCGCCUGCCCAUCAACAGAACAAGCGGCCAAGCGGCGCGGGCACGAGCAGCGGCGGCUCGUCGCACAGCAUCGUGCCGGGCGGCUACGUGUCGCGGCGCACCUCGUCGCUGCCCGGCGGCGCCACGCUGACGCCCGGCGUCUACCGUUCGCAGUCGUCGACAAGCGGCGGCGCUAGCAUCACGCCUUCGGUCACGAUCACGCCGGCACCGCCGCCCGCCUCGCAUAAUGCUUCGUCUAAGGCGAGCUCCCGUAGUUCUGAGGACACGCAGACGCCGGCGCAACGCCAGGCUGCUGCCAAGCUGGCGCUGCGGAAGCAGCUGGAGAAGACGUUAUUGCAGAUCCCGCCGCCCAAGCCGCCGCCGCCCGAGAUGAACUUCAUCCCGUCGCCCAGCAACACCGACUUCGUGUACCUCGUGGGGCUCGAGCACGUCGUCGACUACAUCACCAACGAGGACCGCAUGCCGCGCUCCUCGGUCCCGGCGGUAUGCGCCCAGUGCGGCUGCGACUUCACGCCGGUGUGGCGCUGGGAGCGGCCGCCGGCGCGGCGCCAAGACGCGACCUUUACGUGCGCGCCCGCCGCCCGCCGACUUUGCGAGUUGUGUGUCUCGGGCAACGUCAAACGCGCGCUUAAGGCGGAGCAUACUGCUCGACUCAAGACGGCCUUCGUUCGCGCGCUGCAGCAAGAACAAGAGAUCGAGCGCCGCCUCGCCGCGCCCGCGCCGUCGCCGCCGCCCGCCGCCGCCGCGCCGCUGCCGCCGCCGGCGCACUCGCACCGUCUGCAACAGAUGUCGGUGUCGCGCGCCAGCCCGCGGUCCGCCAGCGGCGCGUCCACGCCGGCGCCGCCGCCCGCCGCCAAGCCCGCGCCGCCGCCCUCCAGAUCGCUGAGCUCGUCGGAGUCGGCGCGGAGCCACCACUCGGACCGGCGCGAGGCGAGCGACGUGCCCGCGAAGAAAGGUAAAGGAUCGUCUUCGAGCAGCACGAGCCAGGGCAGCAGCAGCAAGCAACACCAGUUGGCAGCGGCGGCGGCGGCCCAGAUGGCGUUCGAACAACACAGCGCGGCCGCAAUGCAGGCGUUACAACACCAACUACUUAGAGGUCUGAGCGGCGCGGGCGGUUCCGGCGGGAUGUCGCCGGCGGCGGCGGCGGCGGCCAUGAUGCAGUUUUCGCCGCUGCUAUACACGUACCAGCUGGCCAUGGCGCAAGCGUCUGCUCUUGGGAAACGAUCGCGUGGCCGAGGCGCAGCGGCAGGGACACCUAGCGCAGGUGAGACACUAGAGAUGCGGCGCGUGGCCGAGGCGCAGCGGCAGUACCUGCUCGACAUGAUCCCCGGCCAGCACGCCCGCAACCCCUGGCCCAAGAACUAGGGGACACCUAGCGCAGGUGAGACACUAGAGAUGCGGCGCGUGGCCGAGGCGCAGCGGCAGUACCUGCUCGACAUGAUCCCCGGCCAGCACGCCCGCAACCCCUGGCCCAAGAACUAGGGGACACCUAGCGCAGGUGAGACACUAGAGAUGCGGCGCGUGGCCGAGGCGCAGCGGCAGUACCUGCUCGACAUGAUCCCCGGCCAGCACGCCCGCAACCCCUGGCCCAAGAACUAGGGGACACCUAGCGCAGGUGAGACACUAGAGAUGCGGCGCGUGGCCGAGGCGCAGCGGCAGUACCUGCUCGACAUGAUCCCCGGCCAGCACGCCCGCAACCCCUGGCCCAAGAACUAGGGGACACCUAGCGCAGGUGAGACACUAGAGAUGCGGCGCGUGGCCGAGGCGCAGCGGCAGUACCUGCUCGACAUGAUCCCCGGCCAGCACGCCCGCAACCCCUGGCCCAAGAACUAGGGGACACCUAGCGCAGGCCGAGACGCAUCGCAGUGAAGCAUUUUGGGAGUGGAGUAAUUUUAAUUGUGUAGCAUAAGCUAGGUUAAGGAUCUUUCGAACAUUUUAACCAGAUAGAUCAAUUAAUGCACAACAUUUGAAUGAGAUACGUAAACCUUUAUAUUAAGUAAGUAAAUAAAUACAAUCAGUAAAAGGCUAGGUUUAUGUGUGCGAUAAUUUUAAGAGUAACAUGAUCGUUUUGUAUGUG